GGUUGGGGGGAGAAAGUGGACAACUUCUUCCAACUUCUGGGAGUGUGUGAAAAUAAUUUACUGCAAGAGAAUGAAGGAGCGACCUCGGAGCAGGGUCACAGGCAGCCCCGGGGAACUGGGGGCAGUAGAAUAAUUCAAACAAGGAGGAAAGUAAAUCACAGCCAUAACGGGAUUUGCAGUUGGAAAAGUUUUUUUUUAAAGAGCAUUUUUUUUUCAAGAAUGGAGAAGUGGAAAUAGAUCGGAGCGGAAGGGAUGGCGUUUUGAAAGGCAGAUAUUCCUUCACUUGGUGGAUUUCUGACAUCUUUCCCUGGGAAGGAUGCUCCCAGCCUGAACCUCUUACAGCUCGGUCCACUCUGCUGGGAUGACAAGGGGCUGAGCCCGCGGCGUGCUGGCUGGACUGAUGGAUGGGCUGAAGGCUGACUUUCUCUGAAGGAUGCUGAGCCGGGCUGCCAGCACAAUGGAUCCCCGUUUCGGCUGCUGCUUCUGGGCUGCUCUGGUCGCUGUGGCGGCUCUGAGCCGAGGCCAGGAGCUGAGUCCUAGCGGCAGGAAUGUGUGCAGGACACAGGGCUCCACUGAAGUUGAGUGUUGUCCUGGGUGGAAACAGCAAGGCAAUGAAUGUCCAGUAGCUCUCUGUCAGGGAAACUUCACCUGCAAACCAAAUGAAAUCUGUGUCAGACCCAACGAAUGCCGUUGUAGGCAUGGAUACUUUGGAGCCAACUGUGAGACUAAAUGUCCUGAACGGUUCUGGGGUCCGGACUGCAAGGAGAUGUGUCUGUGCCACCCAAACGGGCGCUGCGCUGAUGUGACUGGCAAAUGUACCUGCAACCCGAACCGCUGGGGGCCAACCUGCAAUAAACUUUGUCUGUGCCACUAUGGCAAAUGUGACCAGGAUACUGGGAAGUGUAAAUGCGAGCCACGCCGGUGGGGCGCCACCUGUUCAAACCUCUGUUACUGCAGCCCCAACUCUCAGUGCGACCCCAAAACGGGCAAGUGCAUCUGCCAGGCGGGCUGGUGGGGGCGCAAUUGCCACAAUCAGUGCUCCUGUAACACCUCGCCUUGUGACCAGAUGACGGGAAGGUGUCAGUGUAAGGAGAAAUUUUGGGGGCCGAGAUGUGAACGCUGCCUGUGCUUGCACGGGAAAUGUAACCCUGCCGAUGGAUCAUGCUCGUGUUAUUCUGGAUACAGAGGAAGGUACUGCAGGGAGACGUGUCCGGCUGGAUAUUUUGGCCUCGGAUGUAAAAAAAGGUGCGGCCAGUGUAAGAAUCUUCAGCCCUGUAUGAUUGCUGAUGGUCGAUGUUUAGCCUGUGAGCCUGGAUGGAAUGGAACCAGAUGUGAUAAGACAUGCUCUCCUGGUUUCUACGGGGAAGGAUGUGGAGAGCAAUGUCCUCGUUGCAAAGAUGGACAUACUUGUAACCAUAUCAAUGGGAAAUGCCUGCACUGCAAUCCUGGAUGGAUAGGAGCUCGGUGUGACUUAAAAUGCCAAAAUGGUACCUAUGGUGAGAAUUGUAACUCAGUCUGCACAGAUUGCAUCAAUGGAUUCUGUCAUUUUGCCACUGGAGAAUGUAUCUGCAACAAAGGCUUUCAUGGCCUCUUCUGCAACAUAACCUGUCCCUCGGGACACUAUGGAGCCAACUGUGCCCACCCCUGCCCCUGUAUCGAGGCUGACUGUGAUCCAGUCCACGGCACAUGCAUUCUGGGCUCCAACGGGAGAGUCGGAGUUAUCGCGGCUGGGGCUCUUGUUCUGUUCCUUUUGCUCCUGCUUCUGCUGUUCUUGUGUUGUUACUGUCUCUGUCACAAGAAGAAUCUGGAGAAUGAUUCCAAUCAGGCCAUUGCUGUCAGAGGAAAGCAGGCACGGAGACGUUUGCGUGGCACCUUCAGCCAGAUCAGCACCAAGUUACCUAGAAUUCCCAUUAAGCGCCAGAAAUUCCCAAAGGUUGUGGUGGCCCACCAUGACAUGGAAAACACCUUAAACUGCAGCUUCAUUGAGCCGCCAUCUAUGAUGGAUCAGCCAUCCCCAUCUUGGUCUUCCCAUGGCUCUUUUUCUUCUUUUGAUACAGCAGAUGAUGGUCCCGUAUACUGCGUACCUCACGAGGAGAGUGUUCUGGAGAACAGUGUCCGGGAGAGGGUGAACCUGGUGGAAAAACUAGCUCCCCCAAUCAGUGAAGAGGAUGCUGGGGAGUACACAUGUCUGAAAGGUGACCCCAAUGAUACGCUCUUACUUAAAUUAUCAGACAGUGAAGCCUCUAGUAAUGGCUCAGGCUCGACCAGUGGGGCUGUGUAUGCAAAAGUAGCACGACUGUCCAAGCAGUCCAAAGAUAGCGACAUCAGUGUGAACACCAACAGCAGCAAAAACACAAACGCUAGUGGCAAGCACCCUUCACCUGAGAGGACCAAGCCUCCCCCACCUGACCCUUCAACCAAGCCCAAGUUAUCUUGGAUUCACGGCAAGUUCAACACUAGUCAAUCAAGUGCUUCAUCAGCCACAAGAUCACCAUCACUGGAUAAAGCAGCCAAUCAAGUGGAGAGUCAUCACAGGACAACCAGUAGCAGAAGGAGGAAUCUAAGUGAGUCCUCUGCUGGGAUUUAUGGUAAGCAAGAUGAGAAGAGGAGCUCCACAGAGGUAAAACUGAGACACAAAGACAAAGGACUCAACCGGGCAAGGGAGCAUACUCCAAAUGACACAAGUUGUGGAAGUAAAAUGCAGAAAAAUAAAGCAAGUCCUGAACAGAUGCAAAAUCUCAAUGGCGCUGUCCAAAAUGCUUUGAAAAGAAUUGGUACUUUUCCAGAUGAUAAGAAGGGAGCAGAAGUUAAAGAAUCGCCAAGAAGUCCACCACAUGCAAAGGGUAGGCCAGAGGUUAUUCACCCCCAGCUACCCUCAGAGACAGCUAUUAUGUUGGCUCAACUCAAAGAAAAGACUCAGAAUAAAUCAGAGGUUAACAUGAGGCAAAAUGGGCUGAUUUCACCUCAACAACAGAGGGAAAAGCCCACGCCACCUCAGAAAGCAAAGCGCUCAUUUGGUGCGAAUAAUCAGAAGCUAAAUAAAGCUGUCAUUCCAACAUCAACCAGUCUUCAAAAAAUGAUAAAUCCUUCUCCGGAACACCAGGAAACAACAGCAGGCAAUGACAGAAGCUCAACUCUGGAGGACAGGCAAAGCUACAACUACCAGGAGCAGGAUGGAAUGAACUGUACUCAGGCCAAACAGGAAAUAGGUGACCAGACACCCAAAAGGACACCAAUCAAAAAACCACCAAGGAAGCGCGGCAAGGAAGCAACUUUAGACUCACACCCUAAAACGGCUGUGAUGCCACCUCAGGUGAUGGCCUUUAAGGAGUCGUAACCAAAAAAUGUUUUCUGCUUCUGUUCACCUCACUAAGCUUCACACAAAAAAAAAAACGGGCAGAGAGGCACUUGUAAGCCUCUUGUAAAAAUCAAGGAACAGCACAGCCAUUGUUGUGUCUCAGAGCUGCAGCCUAUCCACCAAACAUGGAGCAAAAUAGAAAUGAUUGACUUUUUAACAUAAUAUAUUCAUGCGUGUUUCUUAACUUCACUUAUCCCUUCCUGAUGGUUCAACAUGGCCAAAAGUGCCUAAAUGCAUUAAAUGUUGGAUUGGUACUGCCUUGACAGAUGACCAAAAGUAAUGCCUCCUUUCCCUUGAUCUUGCAAGUGCCUGUGACUGGUGAUCAAUAAUGGUACAGAGAGCCUCUGGCAUUUCCACUAUUUUUGGAGAUAAGUUUCUUUCUAUGGACUUUAGAAUCCGAGUUUUUGUGACGUUAUAUAUUUCCAUAAAAUUUGCAUAAGCAAAGCUUUCUCUAAAAAGGAAAACGUCAAUUCCUUGCCAUUUUCUGUUAUUUUAUUCAGUAACAAACUGCUGGCUUUUGUAUUUUAUUCUUGUUCAGUUCUCCUGAUGUCUUUGUGACUGAGCAAAGACAUGGUAAAAGACCAAAGGUGCCACCUUCGUGCCUCUUUAAAAUGUGUGCAACUAGCUCAGUGCUGCACGCACUGCACUCGUUUCGACCCAGGCACUUUGCCUGUGAAACAUGGCAGAGAGUAGCAGCAGCAGCAGGAGAACUAUCAACUAUCAUGGCAGUGAAGGACCCAAUUUUGGCGGGAAAAGAUGUUUGGACUAAUUUGGAGUGGGGGAGAAAGGCCCUGGAAAUAGGGCCUAGGGACCAGAGUUAGUUGUCGCAGAAAGGGCCAGUUUAGAUUAUAAAGUUCAUCGUAUUAACAGAACACUGGAGCACAGAGACUGGAGUCUACAGUGAGGUAGUCAGCAGCCACAGUACAAGUGUAUUAGCAUUCUGUGACAGCUCGCAAGCAUAGUUUUAGUCUCUCGAGUACUUUUGACAUAUUUACAGUGUUACAUGCUACAUGAGACACUAGGUAAAAUUCUGCCAGCUCGCCAUCUUUGAAUAACUGGCAGGGAAGAGCCUUAACUGGCUCGGGUUACUGUGCAGCUGCCAGUACACUGGGACUUCUGACUCCUGGAGCACUGUGUCCCAGCUGCCUUCCAUAUGCAAUCAUUUUUGUAAAAUAUUUUUUUAUUUCAAGUUUUAUUAAAAAUGUCAAAUAAAAAGAAUAAAACAUUUUCUUUCUUCA